AUGGCCUCCGUCUUUGCCAUCGGUGCUGGCGCCGCCGUCGCCGCUUUCCUCGGCCGUGCUGGUCUCGUCGCCUGGCGCCGCUCGCGCGGUGGCGUUGGAGCCAUGGGCAAGGCCUUUUACAAAGGCGGCUUCGAGCAGAAGAUGACCAAGAAGGAGGCGACCCUGAUCCUAUCUCUCAAUGAGCGCUCGCUCUCCAAGGACAAGGUGCGCAAGGCGCACCGCACGAUCAUGCUGCUCAACCACCCGGAUCGGGGCGGCAGCCCGUACCUGGCCACCAAGGUCAACGAGGCCAAGGAGCUGCUCGACAAGCAAGCAUAG